GCCGGCGUUCUGGGGGCGCACCGCUAAAGCUCGCUCGCCGGGUGAGCGCCGCCAGGUCCUAACGCCCGGUGUCGCUGACUGUUCCCCGCGGUGCGGCGAGACGAGGUGGCAGCAGGGUGGUCAUGAAGCGCGCGCUGUUCGGGGCCGUUGUCCUGGCGACCGUGGUCGGGUUGGCGUUCUGGACGGUCCGCGCGUGGACGGGCAACAAGCAGCACGUGUUCGACGGGCAGCAGCUGGCGCGCCUGGCGCGGCAAUACGCAGGUCUCAAUCAUGAACAGGCAUUUACAAAGAUUGUGGUUGAAUUAAGGAAGAUGUAUCCUGGCCACAUACUUCCAGAUGAGGACCUCCAGUGGAUCUUCGUGAAUGCGGGAGGCUGGAUGGGUUCGAUUUGUGUUUUGCAUGCAUCCUUAACUGAAUAUGUGCUGCUCUUCGGAACAGCUUUGGACACUGGAGGACACUCGGGUCGCUAUUGGGCUGAAGUGUCUGAUACAGUUAUUUCAGGGACUUUUCAACAAUGGAAAGAAGGGACAACAAAAAGUGAAAUAUAUUACCCAGGUGACACAAUAGUCCAUUCUGUUGGUGAGGCUGCGUCUGUUCGCUGGAGUGGGGGUACUUGGAUGGUUGAAUAUGGCCGAGGCUUUAUUCCAUCCAUGUUGGGGUUUGCACUGUCCGAUACGAUCUUCAGCACGCAGGAUUUUCUUACUCUCUAUUAUACAAUAUCCGUCUACGUAAAAGCACUCACUCUGGAAGCCAAUACAUACCUCGCUGGAGCUGGCUUCUUUUGAAGCUUGUUGGAGACUUUUUGUAAUUUUAAACUUUAUAAAUGUCUGUAUGAUGUCAGUUUACAUUACCUAAUGGGGUUGAAAAUUGUAUCCAUGCCCAUCAGUCCUGGAAACUUUUUACAUUACUUUUGUAUAAUACAACAAUUUUUUUCAAAAUUUCAACUCUUUUUCAUUACCAGGGAUCAUCCCAUCAUAUACUAUUUAAAAAGUCAAUCAAGUCUUAAGAUUGUUUUUGCAUAAUAUCAUUUUUAGGACAGAAUCACUUUAAACGUUAAUGUUUGGCUAAAUCUUUUGGAAUCAUUUUGGAAAGUAAAUUGAGAUGGUAGGACUCUCAGCAUGAUUUUGAAACCUCAUCAGAUGACCAUAUUUUAAGCAUGUUAUUGCUUUAAUCUGAACCUGAUGGUUAAUGACUCUCCUUUUAAAUCUCUAAAUCCUAUCUAUUAGUAAGAUUUGCACACAUUUAUUACCAAUCUGUUUGUAAAUGGACUUUAGUUAUUUAAUUUUGUAUGCUUGAAACAAAUAGAUCUUGUACAAAUUCACAGUUAUGUUCAGCAUUUCUCCUGAUCCUAUUUAAAAGUCCAAUUUUCGAUGCACUUUUGUCGACCAAACUGGUGUGAUCGUUUGAGCUGAGUAGCAUAACAUGAAAUUGUUUCAAUAUAAACCAUUAACUACUCUUUAUCUGUGAUAAUAUUUUAUUGCAGGGCAGCUGGAAGUAUUUUGUAGAAUUUCAGGAACGUUUUUUUUCCAUUCAUUUUGGUUCUGGCAGUCAAUGGCACCUCAUAUUCAUAAUCUAAUGUUCACUGGGUGAACACCACUGUCUUGAGCAAGGUUGCUGAUGUUUGCAGCUGAGUUGCUGUUUUGAGUCAACUGGCCAUUUAUGGACAGCUGGUGUGAUUUAGAAAUAAUUGAAGCUGUUCAGCACACUUGCCUUGCCUUUUGCUGCUACUUGCCACGGACAGUCAGGCUACUUGCACAGCUAUGUUCCCGCCCAGGUGGAAGAAUCUGCUCCUUGUAUUUUCUCACUUAAUACUGUUGUAAUAUGAAAGCUGUAAACGUUCAGAAAAGGUGAAUUAGAAAUGGAAAAUGUUGGAAGCAUUUGGCAACUGAGUAAGCUUUUAUGGAAAGAGAACUGGUUAAUAUUUCAAAUCAAAAACACUUCAUCAAAAAUGUUCCUAUAAGGAGCCUUUAGCCUGAAAUGUGUUCCACAGAUGCUUCAUGUCUCACUGGGUGUUUCCAACAUUUUCUUUUAAUUUCAGAUUUGAUUUUUCAUUUUACAGGAAAUGUCCAGCUUUGGCCAUGGUGCUAAUUGAUCUGAUUUGUGUUAUUUAAAAUUAUUGCUAGUUGUUUUCCCUGGAUUUAGUUCUGCCAGCUGUGAAGGAAAAUGAUGGAAAUGCUAUUGAUUAUGUAGAGGAAUUACAUCUGUUAAUCUGCCUUCAAUUGAGGAUAUCUAGCAGUAAGAACAAUAAUAAUUAUUUUUCCACAGCCUGUCUUGGAUAUACACAGGUUUUGCAAACUGCAAAUUCUUGUCUUGCCAUGUGACAUGUUCCCUGCAUAAACUUGAAUUAUUUGAGGAGAUUCGUGACAUUUUGCCGUCCAUUUCUUGUUUCUCCCAAAUUAUCUAAGACCUUCUGCUUUAAAUUGAUACUGGCAGUGUUGUUUUGAGGAGGUUGGAGAAUGUGAAUGCCAUUUUUUAAAUUACACCUGGAUUUGAAAUCUAAAUAUUUUUUUGUUUAAUUACAUCCACUUGUAUUGUACAUCUGCCUCAUCACAUCGUCUUGGUUAUAUUUGAAAGUUUACAUAGAUAAAAUUGAAAUGGAGAAUCACAGAUUUCCCAAAUAUGAAUUUUAUUUCUGUUUGCUUUAAUGUUUUUGUUGCUAAAACGCUUUGCUUCAAGAGCUGGUCUUUUUUUACUGAAUAAAUAGUACAUGAAAUGUUGUGUUUUCCUUUAAUCUUUAAAGGAAAUAUUAAAGAGAACAGCCUUUUUCGGUACAAUAUAUGCAUAAAAGCAGUAGUUAGCCAUAUUGUUAGUGAGUUCCAUUUAAAACAUUUUGCAGUUUUCUAGUCCACAAUACAGGUUUGAAUUAUAAAACCAAAAGAUUUGCUCAAAACAAUCUAUCAAUAUGUUUAAGUUAAUUAAAGCAAACACAUUUUUGAUCCUUAUUGUGUUAUUGUGACCAAUAAAUUUGCCAUUGUUCAAUAGAUAGCUGGAACAAUUUGUUUCAAGAAUAGAGCAACAAGUUGUCUUAAAAUAGUUAUUACCACAAUGCCUAGUUUUUCGCUGCAGUUGGUUCAUUUCUAAUUUUGCUUUUGCGUAUAUCUUAAUUGCUCUGUUGACAACAUGUUUUCAAUUUGAAGUUGGGCAGAUUUAUUGUUGUCUGUUCACACAGCAAACUCGCAUUUUCACGUCGAGGAAUACUGCAGUAGAAAAAAACUUUCCACGUCCAACUGUUAACAUAAUUGAAUGUAUGGACUCUGUUUGCCUUACUUGACUGACCCAGGGAGGAAUCAUUAGCUGGGCAGCUGUUAGGAUUUGGUCUGGAGGUGAUUGCAAAUGAAAUCUGUGGCAGUCUCCAACGAUCAGGGAAGUGCUGAGAGGGAGGAUUAACAAAUAGUUGCAGAGAUGACAAAGUGCUAUCAUUUCCCCUUCCACUAAAUCAUUGGUGCAUGUUAAAAUUUGUGUGCAGAAUUGUACAUUUUUUUUAACUGCAAGCAAAAUUUAAAUUGUGCAAGAAAAAAAGUGCAUAUGAGGAUCCCAGAAAAUAAUGAUUAUUCUAAAGCAGCCAAUCAUUUUAUAUUUAUUUGAGCAAGUAUCAUUGCAAUUGUUUCAUCAACUGGAAAUCAAUGUUCUCUUCACAAUGAAUAUUUUUUUGGAACAUAUUGCAUUUAUUGUAAUGGGGCUGUAGAUUUCCCCUCAUUGAAUCUUCAGGUUUUUGUGACUUAAUCCCUUCAAGGACUAUCUAUUUGUGCAUUUGAAUUUGGACUGAAAUGUGGAAGAAUCACCUCUGCAGCAAAGAUGGAUGUCAUUUUUAGUAAAUUAAACCUUCAGGAAUUCAGCAAAUUCUAUAAAUGGAAAACCAAUUGUCUUGCAUUUAGUACUUCUCUUUUUAAUAAAUCUGUCUUUCAAAGUUAAAUUGGGAACCGAAAUGGUUGCAUAACCUAAUUUGAACAAGCUAGAAUCCAAUACAUGGUCAUUCCUGAAUUUAAUCCACACCCCAAUAAUUUUGUUCUAAAUUCUCCAUGUGGGAGCUUUAUUGUGAAAGAGUGGGUGCAGGAGUGAAAUACUUGAAUGGCAAAUGACUGACUUUUUAAACUUUCUGUUGAUUCAUUGGUAAUGUCCAUAAAUAAACAAGCAAUGUACUUGAAUAAUAUUGGCUCUAACUUGAAGCUUUUAAAGUGCUGUCUGUAAAAGAAAGUAAUGUUGUGCUGAAAAAUACUUUGUGAUUGAUCAUGGGAAUUUCACCAAGAGCCUUAUUAAAAUAUAAUUAGAGUAUAUCCUAGUCUAUUUGAAAAUGUCAGAUAUUAGCAAACUAAUUUGCCUAAAUAUAUAUCUAUUGUCUUGAAAAAUGAAAGUGUAUGUAUUUUGUGGGAUAAGCAUUGAAAAUAAAAUUUCUGCUUUAAUAAAUAGUUCAUUCCACAUCUUUAAUGUAUUUUUCAACUAAAGUGAUGGUAAACAAGGACACUCCUUGUGAAAUAAAAGAAUUUAUUGUCUCUUUGA